CCGUGGUCGAUGAGUUAGGUUCGUGCUCUAUUUUGAAAUUCGUUCAAUUGAAGUAAAAGCCGUGCCAGUUAAGCCGGUAGCUCGGUUAUUCCAAUCUUCUCUAGAUCGAUUGUUAUAUUAAUAAAAAUUUUAUCAGUGCUAAUUCAAAAUUGCAUAAGAAAAAUAGUUACGUCAGUACCAUACUGAAAAUAGUAUUGGUAUUAUUCUGGCACGAGAUCGGUGGCAAAUCAAUAAAACCGAGUAAAUGGCUUUUUUGCGAGCCCUUUUAAGAUGUAGUGCCGUCAAAAAUCGUCGAUUAUUCGCAGCGUCCUGUCAAAAGCUAGAGUUCCGGCAGGUUGCCCUCAAGUCAACAGCUGCCACUACUAUAGUAUCAGAUAACUCGGAAGCAGCUACAACUGCCGGUUCGGGACAACCCCCUAAAGAUCCUCUUGAUAUUACAUUUGAAAACGCUGAAGCUGCUUUUAAAAGCAAGACAAAUUUAGAACUAAUUAGAGCUUAUAUCGUCUAUACACUAUGUUCCUUCGAUUAUUUAGUACAAAACAACAUGAAGUUGAUGAAGAUGACGCGUUCUAUUUUGGGAGACCGCUUAUUUAUCGCAUUGAUGAAAGCUACCUUUUAUGGUCAUUUUGUGGCGGGGGAGGACCAGUAUAAAAUUCGACCAGUUCUGGAACGAUUGCGGUCCUUUGGUGUAAAACCUAUUCUUGACUAUUCCGUAGAAGAAGACUUGUCCCAAGAGCAAGCUGAAAAGUUAGAAGUCGAAGCUUCGGUGCCAAUGUCAGGCGAUUUAAUGGAACCAGGAUCACUAAAACAAUACCAUGUGGCAAAAACAUUCGCUGAUAGACGUUAUCUAGUAUCAAGUGCUCGAACCUACUUUUAUAUGAAUGAAGCGACAUGUGAAAGGAAUAUGGAAACAUUUAUUCAGUGUUUGGAGGCAGUUGCAGAUUAUGAUAGGCAUGGCAAAAAAAAGGCAGAAAGAGAUAGGGCAACAUACGGCACUGGGAUAACAGCAAUCAAAUUAACAGCUCUAGGUAGACCACAGCUGCUGUUGCAACUGUCUGAAGUAAUUAUGCGAACUCGAAAAUACAUGCAAGAAGUAGUUGGAGGGGAAGGUAAUGUUCUUAAACAUCAUUUACGGCCAGAGGAUCUAGAAAAGAAAUUUGCUCAGGCACAUAUAGCUGAUAAGGCUUCGGUACAGGAAUUCUUAAAGCAAUUAACUUUCGAUAAAGAAGGUAUUCUGCAUUUGUUUCCGUGGUCCGGAGUUAUUGACGAAAAUCAAGAUCUCAGCGCUACUUUCCGAGUACCGGAUUUAAAAACGGGCCGCAUGGUACGAUUGAUCACUCAAUUAUCCAAAAAAGAAGAAGAAAUGUUUAGAAACAUGAUUAGAAGAAUUGACACAAUUGUUAGGGCAGCACAUGAAAUGGAUGUUCGCAUUAUGGUCGAUGCAGAACAAACUUAUUUUCAACCUGCUAUUUCUCGAAUAACUUUGGAAUUUAUGAGAAAGUACAAUAAAGAGAAAGCUAUUGUAUUUAAUACCUAUCAGUGUUAUUUGAAAGAUGCAUAUAACGAAGUUACCACCGAUUUAGAACAAGCAAAACGACAAAACUUUUAUUUUGGAGCUAAAUUAGUUCGAGGUGCUUAUUUGGAACAGGAAAGAGCUAGAGCAGCAGCUUUGGGUUAUUCAGAUCCUACUAAUCCUUCAUAUGAGGCCACCACGGAAAUGUAUCAUCGGACAUUAACUGAAUGCUUACGAAGAAUUAAAGAAAUGAAAGAUAGGGGAGAAGACAAGAAGAUAGCUAUCAUGGUUGCUUCUCACAAUGAAGACACUGUACGCUUUGCAAUACAAAAGAUGAAAGAAAUUGGAAUUUUGCCUGAAGAUAAAGUAAUUUGUUUUGGACAAUUAUUAGCGAUGUGUGAUUACAUAACUUUCCCAUUAGGUCAGUCUGGAUAUUCCGCCUAUAAGUACAUCCCAUAUGGUCCAGUUAACGAAGUUUUACCGUAUUUAUCGAGGAGGGCUCAAGAAAAUAAAGGAGUACUUAAGAAGAUUAAGAAAGAAAAAAAGCUUUUACUGAACGAAAUUAUUAGGCGUUUUAGUAAAGGACAAAUAUUUUAUACUCCCAAAGGAAACUAUGUCCCUGUUUAAAACUGUUGAUGAUGUUUAGGGCGUAUAUACGUUAUCAUGUUUCGAAGAAGAAACUAACCUGCAAAGUAUUUUUGUUCUGUAGUCCAGCUCUUGAAUAUGUUCAACAAUCAAAUUCAAUAUUUAUUUGCCUGAAAAAAGUGUCUUCAUAUAUAUCUAAAGUAUGUUGCCUUAUUUUUAAGAAUAGAAAAAAUUCACUUCAGUUCCUAGUUUAUAUUAGUAUUCGCUGUAUAGUAUUUAAAAAAAAACAGUAUGAACUAUUUAAGUUGUGUCUUACACAGUAACUAAACAUGUGAUAUUUUAUGAAUUUUAUUUAUACUUCAUUUAUAUUAAAGUGUUUCUUUUAUCGCAAACACGACAGACACAUCUCUCGCAGAUAAAUUUUGAAUACAUUUGUGAUUUUUAUUUGUAACAGUAAAUAAGAUUGUGUAGAAAUAUUGAUAUUUGUCGGCCACAUGUACUAUAUUACGUAUUUAUUUAGUUGUUCAAUAUGUCAUACAUUUCACCGUAAUUGUUCGCGUCACCAAUAUUAAUAUUAAUUAUGUUCAGUUGUCAAGUCUAAACGCAAAUCGAAAUUAAGUGAUUUAUAAAAUGUAAGCGGAAACACUUUAAAAAAUUGCAAAACUAUUUUAAGUUGCGUACUUGUAAUAGCAAUUAUAAUUUAUUAUAUAAAACGUCUAGAUAAAAUUAAAUGAUAUAUUCUUAAAAUUUUACUUUUUUGACAAUAGUUUUGGUAGACUUGAUAAUCUCCCAUCCCUUUUAAUUUUUUCUUGUAUAACAAAUUUUAUUUUGAAAAUGCAAUCGCUGAGUAUUUUUGCCUGUGAUAGGAGUUUGAGUUUCUAUUGCUGUAAGAGCCAAUUAAGUCGUUGAGUUUUUGCGAUCUUGUUUUAUUCCUACAGAAAUCAACUUUGUAGGAUUUUUUUAACAUUGUCGAGAAGCAGAAUUCUUACAACCGGAAACGAAGUGUUCAUGUUACAUACCUAUACAUACAUUUGUGAACACUACACAUUCCUUGUUGAUGUUUGGAAAUUAUUAUAGAUGUCGAUGAUCGAAAAAAUGUUGAUUUACAAGUUUGUUUUCUGUCAACAUCAAAAUGUUAACAUCUUCAAAAAAAAAUGUUAAAUACAAUUUUGCAUUGUACAUUAAUAAUGAAUAUCCCACCUACAACAAAUACAUUUUGAAAGGUAAUAUUGUUGUAUUAUAUUUUAGCCUCUAUUAUAGGCAAAUAUUUUCAUCAUUACAAACUUGUGAAGAGCAUUAUUGUAGAAAUUGUAACAAGAAUGAGUAAAGACAAUAAAUUAAAAAUGCUA